UCAGUUACGAGGAAAGUAAAUCAUUUUGUUCUGUCUACAAAGUAAUUCUCGCUUUUACUAACAACGGGAACAAUAAAAAAUGAAGCACCCAAUUUCUCUCUUCUUCUUGUUUAUUACUUAUUUUUCCGGAAAAAUUUUGGGCGACGUCCCAGAUGAUGGUGACGUACUAUCUAUACCGCAUCCUUCUGAAAUUGUAAUUUCAAAAUCUUACAAAUCAGAUUGCCAUUUGAAAGAUGACGAUAAGGAAUUGUAUGCAUUAUGGCGUUAUUCUGUCGGACUGGCCAGCGACGUUUGGAAUGCCGAUAAUCGCAAAUUAAAUCUAAAAUAUAGUAAAAAACUGAAGUGCCUGAAAGACGAUAAACUUAGAUCAAUGGUGGAAAAAUUGAUGAAAAACAUGUGCGAUUCGAAAGCACCACAAUCAACCAUUGUAAAAGAUAUUGUUGCUGAGACUUGUAAUAGCUUCGUUCUCGCAAUACUUAAGACCUGGAAUAGGAAUCAUGGAGUAAGGAUGAAUAAGAAGACAUUGCCAUAUUAACUUGAAGCAGCGACUAGUGAUCCCAAAAAUAAUAGUGCUUAU